GCGAUCGGAGUGGUUUAUCAAUGGAAAGGUGCCGAUUCUGAUGCAUGCCGGCACACACGGACCAAACCCUGGCAGAUGAAGACGGUGGUUCGUUCACGCGGGGGAUAAUGUAGAUACUUGGAUACCCAUUCGCCUAUUUAUCAUUCAUGAAUUUCACGGCAUCGGUCGCUGGCUACAAAGGAAUAUCUAUAAAUGGAUUACAAAGUGACAGCGCAUAAAAACACUCCGCAGCGUUUGCAAAAAACCUGAUACGGAAAUAUGAGGAGCGGAAGGAAGAUUAAUAUAUCAUGAGGCGUGUGUGAGGUGGUCCAGAACACUAGAACCUCUAUUUGUACCCAGCGAGAACAUAACGAAGCUUCUGUUUCCCGGAGAAGUUCUAACAUUCCUUUGCCUACCGUGCCGACCCAGGAUGCUAAUGGGGCCGGCUGGUCAGUGCCGACUAUUACAUGUCUCUGUAAUCGUUUAAGCCGUGGUCAGUCAGAAACGGGACUGAGUACACAUUUUGGCCACCUAUUGACUCAGUGGACGUUACAGGUAUUUAAAGACUGGACGUGGAGGCUGUUUAAGGCUGUAUUGUUAGUUCAAGAUCACAUACAAGGGUCUAGUGUGCUACGAGAAAGAAGAACGGGCUAUUUCAGACAUUCUGAAGAUGCUGACAAAGCGAACUGACUUCAUGGAGUGAUUUGCUGUAAUGAAACGUCCAAACUAGUACCCUGCUACCAACGGCUGUCUGUAUUGAUUGCGAAGACGCCUGUAGCGUGCGAUUGUGUGUCAGAUCAUGGAAUCUCGAUGGCAUGAUGUCAAGGUCUUCAAGUGAGGGCUGGUGAAAUCAGCCAGUCUCUAACGCUUAGCAAUAGCAUGCCGCAUGGGCCAAUUAGCAUGAGGAACUUUCUCACGAGGUAUAAUUCGAUAAACAUUGAGAGAUUUUGAUUUCUGUGCAUCGCCUUCCCAUGCCAGCUCGACCGAGCCGAAGAACGAUUCCAGAUGUUCAGUGCUGCUUGUGAAGGUGCUACGAACAAUGCAAGCGCAGCACUCGGAAGUGAGAACGUACGGACUCGCUCGGCCGACACGGUUAUUACCAUAAAGGUGGCUGAAUGCCUCCACCGGCAGCCCCCUGCUGUAUGUGAUACCCCGUGUGUGGAUAACUGCAACAUAUCUGCAUUAUGCUAUGUUACCUACUUCAGCCGAGCUGUUAAAUUCAUUACAAGUUGUUGAAGACCUCACAGCCCUUAUCAGCUGUUCUGCCGGCUGCAGUCGACGGAACUCGACACGUAAACAUUACCCUGCAUAAAACUACCUACCACCAUACCGAGACAAGCUAUCAAACAGUGGUGGGAAAAAUCUUCCCUCUAUGAAGUAAGGAAAGAGCUUGUGAGUACACCUUCCCGUGGUAAUCUGUGAACAGAAGGUGUUUGUUGUAUAAUUGUUUCGCACUUAUUUCACUAUCUGAACGACAGUGGUGAAAUUCAUGGAUAUCUGUGAAACAGGUAUGAACAUUUGUUUUGUAUCAUACAAAAGAUAUUAUUCAAAAGUACUUUAUAUGGAUUUAUACCACCACGACGGAUCAGUGAGUGUUCAGCACUGAUGGUAUAAUCAUCAACAGAUAGGCCUUAGAAGCCAGAUUAGAAAUUUUCCUAAAAUAAACAACCUUGUUUGAGAAACACUCUCCAAUAUGGCUACGGGCACAAAACUAAUGAAGGAGAUUAGCGAUCAGUUUCUGAUCUGCAAGAUUUGUUUGGAGACUUUUAAGGAGCCGAAGACCCUGGUGUGUUUACACACGUUCUGCUCCGGCUGUUUGCAGAAACAGAUUGACGCGGAUUCGACACGACCGUCUCGGUAUGGAGUUUACAGCCGUUACAUCACUUGUCCUCUGUGUCGUCAGAAGACCGAGAUACCGAGCGGCGGAGUUCGGAGGUUACAGGACAAUUUCCUCGUGUCAAAUCUAACCGAGGUGGUGCAAAAACGUACGCGUUGUAAAGUCCCCCCGUGUGAAAUAUGUCACACCGUUCGGCCUCGGAGGAACGAGGCAUGUUCAAAAUGUCUGGAUUGUAGCAAGUUGUUAUGUAAAAACUGUGUGGAUCUUCAUAUGACAACCAAGGUUACCCAGAAGCAUAGUUUAAUUGAUAUUGAAGGUGAGAAGGAUAUUGAGUGUAAGAGCCAUCCUGAGGAGACUGUACGGUUCUACUGCGAGCCUUGUGAGAAGUGUAUAUGUGUGGUCUGCACGUUCCAGGAUCAUCGGGAUCACGACGUGUGUUGCUUCAGUGACGGGUUUGAGAAAUACAAGGUGACGCUUGACACGCUGCUCCAGCAGUGUAAAGGUAGGAUGGGGGAGACGGGGCAAAGACUGAAAGUCAUUGAAAAGUAUGAAACACUUAUAAAAGAAAUCCGGGAACGGAUUCGUGAUCUAGCUAUAAGUUACAUUUCCAAAGUGCGUUCAACUGAAAAAGAACUCCUGAAAAAGAUUGACGAUUUGGUUGGUGACAAUGUACUGCAGUUUAUUGAGAACAAAAACUGGCUGCAGGAGAAUUACGAGAACCUGCAAAGUACCUGCAGCUUGACACAGAUAAUAAUGAAGGACAAGGGUGUAGAGAUGCUAUUGUUGAAGAAGGAGAUUCAGCAGAAGAUGUCGUUGUUGUUGGAGCCCAGUCUUCCUUGUGUGCCCAGUGACAUGAUGAAUCAGGUACAUUUUAUUCCAGGGGAUGUUAGACUAGGGCAUAUUUCAGUGUCAAAUGGCUCUGAUGUCAACGGUGUAGCAGAAGACUUCACCGAGAGCAAAUGUCAGCAAACACAAACAGAUGCGGACCAUAUUCGGACGGUGGUUGACAGUGGCACAACAAUGUCAUCCGAUGUGACCAAGAAAAUCGUUGAUGGUGAAGUUCAAACAGACAAAGUCGUGCUUACGUCGCGGGAAACGUGCACUGAUACACCGGAAAUGAGGGACAGAGGUGUCAGUGUCUAUUGCUAUGAUUCCAAAACUAAAGGGACCAUGACUUCCGUAACUGACUCUAGAUCACUGAAAACUCAGACAGAAAAGAUGAUUGUGUAUGAUCAGUAUGUCCAGACCAUGAAAGCCGAAGAGCCUAGCCAGGAUGUCAGUGCCUCUGCAUCAGGUAGGGUUAAUCGCCCGGCUGCCAAACCGUCAAGCGCCACUGGUGGCUUAUCAGGAAGAGCAGAGGCUGAGAUAUCAUCCCCCAAAACACCCAUACGUAGCAGAAGGAUCCAGACAGAGAUAUCUUCAAUAGGCAUUGAGUCAGAAGAUGACUUUAUUAGCUCACUGUCAGCUCGUGGACAUACAGGUGAUUGGAGGUCGACAAGAAGAGAACGGGAACGAUAUCAGAAGGCACCAGUUGAAAUGACUGAUGUGGAAACCAACACUAUAUAUCCAGUUAGAGUCAUACCAGAGAUGCUUGAAAAAGAAACCUCAUCUGAACCUAUAGUAAUGAAGGACAUUUUCACAAUGGCAGCCCCAGAUGCUAAGACAAUUAAUACACAAACACUCCGUGUCCGGCGACGUGAUACUGGUAUAGGAACUGACUACAGUGGACAGGCCAGUAAAGUCACAUGGACAGAGAAAGUGAACUGUGUGGACACGGAAACCUCAAUGCCUCCUGUACGCCUUGAGAGUAAGGUAACUUGGACGGAGAAGUUGUCCACGUCUGAGAGAGCAACAAUUACAACCGGUGUAAAUACCUCUGACCGUGCUACCUCUACAGGGAAAGUGAACCAGGGCGAUAAGACUACACAGGCAAGUCCAGAGAGUAGACUGAAGGCAACUAACACAAUGAAGACUAUGAUCCAUGAUAAGGAGAUACAGACAAAAUCCUAUACGAAAGAUUCAAGAACAAGUCCUGUUAAAGAACUUAAAGGAGAUAUUGGAGCUAUUACUCAGUCAGUUGCAACUGUAACUGAUCCUCCAUCAUCGAGACGUGGAAGUAGUGUUGAAAGAGCACCAAGCCAUGACAUGAAUGUGGGCACAGAGUGUGUAGAAAGGGAAACAAAGACCACAGAAACAUGUGACAUGCAAGUGCUAACAUCUUGUGCAAGUACAGAAACGUUAGACGUGAACACCAGUGACAAGGAAACAGGGACCCCUCGCGUACACUAUGUUGACCAGUGGACCAUAACCCCUCAACCUCAGAUGAUCAACACUGGUGUCUCCCCUCCACGACCUGCUACCAUAGAAAUGGGCGUGUGUACGAACCCAGUGAUCACCAUGGAAUCUUCAACAUAUACAGAGGUUGUGACCAUGCGAGAUAAUGGCACUGAGACCUUCAUCACAGUAGCGGACAAUGAGACACUGACCGAAAGGCUUGUGAUGACCGAUGCCCAGACAGGUGUGGAGAUAAAGACCGAAGACUCCGAGACGUCCACAGACAUCAUCAAACUCCGCGAUGAAGGGUCUAUGACAACCGAGAUCCUUAUCUAUGACAAACCAGAGACAGAAUGCAAGGAAACUCAGGUAACGCCAGACCGUGAAGUGUUAUGUGGCAAAACGAUGUCGUUUCAAGAAGUUCAGACAGAUAUAAGUAAGAUAGACUGUGCUAUUUGUGAACACCAGUCUCUGUUCAUGGAGGAGAAACAUUUCGCAGAUAGUUGUACCAUGCCUCAGAUGCCCUUGACUCAAGAUGUCGGUACAAUGGCCUUAUCAAUAAUAUCAAAUACCUUUGAUGUGACUGACUGUGAAACACAAACAUCUACCAUCACCCUUUAUGACAAAUGUAUAUCAACAUCCACUGACUUUGAAGAUCUUGAGAACCAACUGAGAUAUGAGAGCAGGGAUGCUGCAACCUCAACAGAAUCAUUGCCAUAUAUAGGUUUACUAAGUGAGAUAGACGUAGAUGAUAUUAUCGUUGUUCCUGAAGCACACUUUGAUUUCAUGCUUGAUGAUCUGACUACUGAUGAAGAAGAUGUUGAGAUGGUGGACAGCGAAACAUGGACCGACUCGUUUGAAAUUGCUGAAGCAGGAACCCAAACUCUCGUACCUGCUUCUACCCCUGAGGGUAGUCCCCUCUUGAAGAGACGCGAAGAGCCACUCAGGAACUCCGUCAGUGUUGGUGUGAACACAGUGUCGAAAAUGACGUUCGAGAAAGAGACAUCUACCCCUAUCCGACACUUAUUUUCGAAAGGGACCAUGACUUUCUAUGUUUCGAAGACUGACAAAGCAACUAGUACAUUUAGUCAGACCAAACAAAUUGCUGAUAGUAAAUUUGGAGGUUCUACCUCUCAAAAGAGUAUAGUUCCUAAAAUUAGGGUUGAAGAUAAGGACACUAUGACAUCUAGGGCUGAGAGACAUGAUGUGUCGACGGAGACAGAUCCUGCAGCUCUUGACGGAAGAAUAACUCAGUGCAUAUCAAAGCUGAGAAAUGUAUCUGAGAAACUGAACAGCCCCACGCCCCGUGGCUGUGAGGGUGAUGUAUUUUUCGGAAAAUCGUUUCUCAGUCGAACCAGAGGUUCUGAUUCCUCAGGGCAGAGUUCUCCUACUGUGAUGGUCGACAGUACGGGAAGCUGUAAAGAUGGGAAGAUGUCACCAGGGUCACCUAGUGAGGACGAAAGACAGAAACAGCUCCAGCUUCUUUUGGCAGAGACAAAGGCUAUUCUCAAACCAAAGGAUCAGUCCCACCAGGACCAGGAUCCAAACAGGCCUAAGCACAUACGGAAUGAAAGAUCUCCAGUGAGGAAACCACAGCCGAUAACCACUUUGAAAGGUCGAGGGCAGGACAAAUCUAAGGAUAAUGUUGGCUAUAGAACACAAAGUUUACCCAGACAGUAUUCAGUCGACAGUCCUUCGACUGUUCGCCUUGGGAGCCAGUCUCCUACAAGCCGUCUACCUCUACUUAGAUACAACUCCGCCCCAGGCAGAAUAGCCACUGUUCCUACCCAAAAACUACAGGAUAUGAAAAAGGUUUCUCAGAAUAAUCAACAAAGAGGAACCUCACCUAGUAAGAUUCCAGUCAAAGCAUCUCAGGCUGAUCCUCAACCAUCUCCACAACCAGAACUCUACUCCCAAGCCCAGAAAACAGCUAAACCCCAACAGAGGCCAUCACUUCCAGCUAUCUGUGAGACCAGGACCCCCUCUUCAUGUUCAGACAUAUCAACAUCCUCCUAUAUGUCUGCUGCCUCAGGAGAUUCUGUCACCCUUUCCUUGACUCCCUCCAAUGUCUCGUCAUCAGAUCCUCAGACAGAUUUUAGUGAUAGGAGGAGGACCAGUAAAGAAUCAGCAGAGGAGUCAGCGGACGAUGCGAAAAAGACGCAACCUCCCCCAAAGAAAGAAAAAGGGAUGGGAUUCAUGCAGAGACUUCUCUCAAAGAAAAAGAAGGAACCUGAAGCGAAGCCCGUACCCCCUCCAGUUUCUAGUCCUGGAGCAAGUGCAGCUGCUGCCAAGUAUCGCCAGAAGCAAUCCAAACCAGAACCUCCCAAAGAAACCCCCCUGCCUAAGAAGUCCAGGCCGUUUGUGUAUGUGAGGCAGCGCAUCAUGUCAAUACAGCACGACAACGAGGAGGAGAUGGAGGAGAAGAAGAAGAGUAAGGCGAAGUCGAAAACGAAGAAGGAAAAAACAGACAAGACACCGUCCUCUCCUAAAUGUAAACACGGUUCAAAGGGAAAGAAGUCACGUGACAGUGAUUCUGACUUGUCAGACAGGCACUAACUGUGGCAGGAUUCCACAUCGGAUAUUGGAACCUGUUCGUUUCGUGUGAUUGACUAAAGAACACCCUUGAAAAUUCUCUGGGACUUUUCGAUAUGUGACCAAGUCUCGCAGGGCAACAAUGCCAAAUGGAUACAUUUUAACAAUGUACUUAGUGACAAGUAGUAAAUGACAAGUAUCAACUAGCUGAUUUACUAUAGUGUGCCAGUAUAUACUAAGAUUACAUAUAUCUGUCUCUAAAUUAUUUUUGGUUUCUAACGUUACGUGAAAAAGGCACAAUUUAGAGUAGCUAAUGUGUAUACAUGUAUGGGUGAUAUUACCAAGUAGACACACUGUCAUGAACCGGAGCAAAACAUUUUCUCCGGGUGUGGUUUCGGCGAGAAGCGUUGACCCAAGGCAGAGAAUUUUCAAAACAAGGGUCGAUAACCCUAGCCCAACGUCAUUUCCGGAAUGUGAUACCCACGUGACUGACACUUUGCUGUGAUAUAGACAUAUGUACAAAACAUGAGAUGCUAGCUGUUCGAAGUGGGGAUAUGAUAUUAUCUAACAUUUAUUUGUAUUUAAAGGAAAUUUUAUUUAUUUAAUCUUAUAUCAAGUAAAUAUGUAGAAAUA